AUUUUGGAUCAGCAGAGAUCCAUUAUUAACAAUCACAUUCCUUCAAAACGAGGAUUUAAGUUAGCUUCACUAAAUGUUAACAAACUCUCCACGCAUAUUGAUGAAAUUAGAAUUUUGCUUGCCGAUAAGUGCCUAGAUGUUCUUGCUAUUCAGGAAACUAAACUAGACGUGUCUAAUAAUAACUCUGAUUUUUAUAUCUGUGGCUACGAAUUAAUUCGAAGAGAUAGGCUUAGCGAUGGUGGCGGAGGUAUAUGCUUUUAUAUUAAAUCAACAAUAAAUUUCUCCGUGCGGACGGAUCUCAAUGUUGACGAGCUUGAAAACCUGUGUAUCGAAAUUCGCAAGCCGACCUCUAAACCUUUUAUUGUUGUCAAUUGGUAUAGGCCUCCUAACUCUCCAAUUGGGCUAUUCUCACAUUUGGAAAAUCUUAUUGCAAGACUUGACCUAACAAAUCUUGAAUUUUUCCUACUUGGUGAUAUGAAUGCCGAUAUGGCCUCAACCAAUUACGACAACAAUGUCCGUCAGCUAAUAAAUAUUGCUGAUAUUUAUGGCCUCCACCAACUCAUUUCUGAUCCUACUCGGAUAACAGAUAAAUCAUCCACUCUGAUUGAUUUAAUUUAUACAAAUUGUCCUGAGAAGGUAGUCUGCUCUGGAGUCGCCCAUAUCAGUAUUAGUGAUCACAGUCUU